AUCCAUGAUGCAUUUAUUGAGCCAGCUGUAAAGUCAAGUUUAAUUGUAUUCAUACUCUUGAAACUAGUGCAGCGCUUCCGUCCUGUAAAUAAUUAUAGAGCGGUUCAUUUUUUUUUAUUAGAACUGCUUUAUUUCACUCUGAUCUUUCUUUAAUUCAAUGAAAGAAAAAGGAAGCUUUUGUGCGAUUAAACUGCAACUCCCAUGAAGCUUUGCAGUGCCGUCUGGGUUUCAUGACAAACGACCUAUCUGGUAGGACUAGACCUAAUCAAGUCUGAUUGAUGUGCCCGCCGUCCAAUCAGCGGUGGCUCAGGCGUGCACGUCCAACCCCCUGGGUUGGUGGGCGGGGCUCGCCGUAUCAUGGAGGAUCAGUAGGCGAACGGCAGCCAGCAGAGGAAGGCAGGCACCGCUCCGACCCCGGGACGCCGUCAGCCGUUCACCGCCACAGCAUGGACAUGAAGAAGAGGAUCACCCUGGAGCUGCGGAACCGGAACCCGGCGGAGAUCGCAGAGCUGGUGCUGGACAACAGCCGCUCAGCAGACGGCGAGGUCGACGGUCUGACCGAUGAGUUCACGGAGCUCGAGUUCCUCAGCAUGGUCAACGUUGGUCUGACCUCGUUCGCCAAGCUGCCCUCGCUGCCCAAACUACGCAAGUUGGAACUGAGCGAUAACAAUUUGUCGGGUUCUCUUGAGAUGCUGUCGGAGAAAUGUCCAAACCUGACCUACCUGAACCUGAGUGGGAACAAGAUCAAGGAGCUGAGCACCGUGGAGGCGCUGCAACACCUGAAGAGCCUGCAGAGCCUUGACCUGUUUAACUGCGAGAUCACGUCUCUGGAGGAGUACCGGGAGAGCGUGUUUGAGCUGCUGCCCCAGGUGACCUACCUGGACGGCUUCGACCAGGAGGACAACGAGGCACCCGACUCCGAGGCGGAGGACGAAGAUGAGGAUGGCGAGGACGGGGCGGGGCCAACUGGCGCGUACGAUGAGGAGGAAGACGAGGACGAGGACGGCUCGGAGAGUGCAGAGGCGGGGCUGGGUUUCCAGGUGAACCGCGCCAACCAGGAUGACGAUGAGGAAGACGAAGAGGAGGAGGAUGAUGAUGCGGCGGGCGUUCAGGGACAGAAGAGGAAGAGACAGGCGAACGAUGAAGGCGAGGAGGAUGACGAUGAUGAUGAUGUCUAAUCUUGUAGCUGGCCGCCGUCUGUGUGGCGUCCUGUUCUCCUUGGCGGCGGCGUCCCCUGAGAUAGUUUGCGUUUGUGAGUCAAGUGUUUAAUUUUAGAGAAUUUCUGAGAGAUUUUGUCCGAACCCCACGCUUCCUGCUGAAGACGCCACGUUUCCCUCUUUUCCCCACCCCGAACUUUGAGCCGCGUUUGAACGCCUCGCUAGUUUGCUGAGCUUCCCGCGUCCUCAGUGGGUUUCAGCUCCUCUGGUCGCCGUUUUCUUUAUUAUUUCAGGGGCGGCGUUUCCUCCGAGGGGACUGAACGACCUCCCGAUGGUUUGUCCUACACUUCCAACACAGCAGAAAGCCACUAGCUUCCAGCGUUAGCGUGUUAGAGCUACAGACAGAUGAAAAUUAGACCAAUGAGUCCAAGCCCGCUUCGUCUGAUCAGCCCGGCCCCACCUCGCUAUCUGCUCGGGUUUUCGUUGGUGGUUUACUGCGAGCAGGAACUGCAGCCAUCCGAUAAACGCACUUUCACCUUCCCAGCAGCAGGGCGCGCUCUCCAAAUCUCCUCAUGACCUUCCUUUUAUUGUUUUACUGUUUGACCUUUGACUUUCUCUGCCCUGAAUCUAUAACUAAAUGUGAUCAGCUCAGCGCCCAAUUACAGCCAGUAGCUCUGAGAAACAUGACAGUGAAACAGGAAGUGAUUAGUUUAAUAAUAAAGCUGAGAACGUGAGGGGAGCGUUUGAGUUUUCACGAUAUCAGCUCCUCCAUCAGAGUAAAAGCUGGAACAUUCAGGAGCCAGUCAGGAAAAACGGGGCGGUGCUUCCGAAAAUAUCAGCUGAUGUGAAAUAAACUGAAAUUGUGUGAUUUGGAUGUUUUAUGAUCGUUUUUAAUGCAUUUCAGAGGCUAAACGGCUUGAAGAAAGUUACACUAAACUCCUUCCAUCUAAAAUGAAAAAUACACUUUAUUUAUUUAUGUUAGUUUUUCCUCACCACAGUCGCUUUGAAGUGGUCGUUACUGUUGCUGUGUUAGCGCCCCCUGCUGCCUUUGAACUGGUGUGUUGUCAUUCAACAGGUCAAAGUGUGUGACCUGCUGAGGUCAGGGUGAACUCACCACUUCUAAGGCAAUACUGUAAAUAGACUCAGUUUGGGGUUUUUGAAGUUUUUUAUUUUGAUGUAUCUGCAGCGAGGUAACCCCAUCUCUGACCUUUGAACCCUCACCCUGUCUGUAGGGUCAAGAUGUUUUACUCUUUGUGGUGUUUGAGUUUUAAAUAAAAGAUUUUAAACAAGUAAAA